AAACCAACGCAUCUUAGUGCGUGGAUUCGACCACAGAUGUGCCGUGGAGCGAUACUGUGGACACGCGUGGAUCUGUUGCCAUGCUGACAAGAAACGAACAGGUUAUUUGAUUAUAUCGUUGUGUCGUGAAGGAUUCGAAGGCUUCGGGUUCCUGCUGUCCAAGUGUAGUGUGGUGGGCGUCAGAAUGAUGAAGAUGCGGCACCUGUAACCUGCACUGAGUCUCCAGUUCCGGUCAAUUAAACGGUAUUUAGAAGACUGGAACCCGAGUGUACUGUCAGCUAUUUCACUUCAUGUCCUGACAUGUUAAGGAGCAGGAGGGGAGGAGAUAAAGGACCAGAAAAACCGGUAAGCAGCUGGGAGCCAUGGAGAAUAUGCGAAAGGAGGAGUAGAUUUCAGUCUGUCCAGCAAUACCAUAAGACCUGUGAGGAGGAAGAAAUGAGCAAAAGGAAAAAGGCGUGAAGAGAGAGUAAUAUGUUUGAGGUGAGACUGAACACUGCCAUGGAGAAAACAUAAAGGAAAAAAAUGAAACGGCAUAUUUCAAAGGGCUUCCGACUAGCAGCAUGACUUGGACCUACGGGAUUGCAAAAUACAAACAGACCUGCAGCCAACAGUCAUCUGAGGACACUCUCUCUGAUUCUCCAUUCCAGGAACCUUUCAGUAGCAAACAUUUGCAUACAGCCCAACCGAACCCCACUACCCAAAGCCACCUGCUUUGCUUGUUCUGUUAGGGACUAUGGAAGAGGAUACAUCCUCAUGGUCUGUCCCUGUUCAUCUCCUGGGGGCCAGAUGAGGAGCAUGUUACCUAGCUUGUUACGGGGCCGGCGGUUCAACUGCCGUGAAUGGGCCCUUGAGAAACUACAAAGAUGCCUAGAGGCACGAGACGCCACAAAGAGCGUGGAGGGAACGGCCUGUGUCUCUCCAGGGGUCCUAGUGACUGGGGGCCCGGGCACGGGUAAGACGGCCCUCCUCACAGAACUGGUUUGGCCCCAGUCAGAAGCAUGCAGAGCGGCGGGGUUGGCAUCACGGUGUUUGGCCUGGCAUUAUUGCCAGCGAGAGGAUGCAGGCAGUAUUGAAGUGUGGAGAUUUGUACUGGGGCUGGUUGAACAGCUGAAGGAAAGUGCAUUUUUAGGACCAAACUAUGUGAAAGCAAUAAGCAGUGCUGCUAUUGCUGCUGUCCUGGAGCCCCUCCACUGCCAAAGAGAACCAGAUAACACUUUUAAAAGGGCAGUAUUAGAGCCCCUCUUGUCUUUUACACCACCAGCUCACAGUGUGUUUAUUGUGAUUGAUUCACUGGACUCGGGGUAUUGUGAAGGUAAUGGAGUUGGAGAAAGCUCAAUAUCAGGAUCUGCGACCACUCAGAGUUCUUCUAUCGCAGAGCUCCUGCUCAAAUACCUACAGCUCCUGCCCCCCUGGAUCUUCCUUGUCUGCUCUGCACGCCGCCAGAACAAAGCCAUUUGCAAGAUGUUCUCAGGAUUUAGGAGGUUGUGUCUGGAUGACUUAAGAAAGCCUGCAACUGUACGAGAUGUACAGCAAUAUAUCCUGCGGAGGCUUGACCAGGAUGGGGCUUUAAGAAGACAACUUAUACCAGAGACGGCUGAAAUGCUUAAUCUUUUGCACAUCAAAAGUGGUGGCUGUUUCUUGUUUCUUGAGCGAGUACUAAAUGGUGUUGCACAUGGUCUAGUAGGACUUCGAGAAAUUCGGGACAUUCCUGGCACACUGAAUGGCCUCUACCUUUGGCUUUGUCAGAGACUCUUUCCUCGAAGGCUGUUUGUCCAUAUUAGGCCUUUGCUGAAUAUCCUUUUGGCAUCCCCACAACCACUAACAGCUGAGCAGCUCUACAGUAUUGCCAGAAGCCGUGACUUCUACCUUGGGAUUGGAGACUUCCAAGCACAGAUGAGGGCUCUGGCAUCUCUGUUUGUAGAUGGCCCUGAUGGCAGUAAACUCAUCUUUCAUAGCAGCUUUGCAGAAUGGUUAACUGAUGUUAAAUACUGCACACAGAAGUUUCUGUGUUGUGUGAAGGAUGGUCACCUUUCUUUGGCCAUGUUCCUCUCUCUUCGAGCUAGUAGUUUGAGUACAGAGGAGACUUGCCAGCUGGCUUACCACCUCCUCAAUAGUGGAGUCCAUGAAGGUGAACCAGCCCUCCUGGCACUGUGGUUGCUAUGGACUGGAGUUCCAGCUCUUAAUGGUCCCAAAAAAGACUGUUCUUCUAGUCAAACACCUGUGUUAGUUCAGCAAGAUGUACUACAACUCUUGAUAAAAAGUGGAAUUUACCCUGCGAGCUGUUCCCCAGACAAAAGCUCCAGUGUCAGGGUUCACUGUGUUGGAGGAGAAGGCAGGAUAGUUCGGCGAGCAUUACAGAGGGAAGACUCUGUGAGAGCACUUCUGGAAAGUGGAAUCAGUGUGAACCAUACAGACCCAUCAGAUGGACGGACUUUAUUAGCAGCUGCAGCCCAUGCUGGAUUUGUAGAUGUAGCAGCAUUGCUGUUAAGCCGUGGAGCAGACCCUUUACUGAAUGACAACCAGGGACAGACUGCAUUGACUCUUGCUGCCAGACAAGGCCAUGUUGGUAUACUGCAGUUGUUGCUGGAGUGGGUGCAGGAGCAUAGGAGCAAGAGUCCCACAGCACAAGCCCUGCUGGAGCAGGUGGACAAUGAGGGAUGGACUGCUCUUCGCUCUGCUGCAUGGGGUGGCCACAAGGAAGCUGUGCGUCUACUUUUGGAAGCAGGAGCAGAGAUUCAUGGCUGUGAUUCAGAUGGCCGGACAGCAUUACGAGCAGCAGCAUGGGGUGGACAUGAGGAAAUUCUGUUGACCCUUCUUGAUCAUGAUGCUGAAGUAGACCGCUCAGACCGUGAGGGACGUACUCCACUUAUAGCUGCAGCCUACAUGGGUCACAAAGAAGCAGUAGAGAUCCUUUUGAAUGCUGGGGCUGAUUUGAAUCUUGCAGAUGGGGAUGGACGUACUGCUUUGUCUGUUGCUGCAUUGUGCGUGCCAUCAGCAGCUGGAGGACGAGGGCAUGGAGAGGUUGUAAGCCUUCUGUUGGAGCGAGGCGCUGAUCCAGAACAUAAGGACCGAGAUGGAAUGACGCCUUUACUACUAGCCUCAUAUGAAGGGCAUGAGGAAGUAGUUGAACUCCUCCUGGAAGCUGGAGCUGAUGUAGAUGAAAGUUCUGGAUCUCAUCCAUCUGCUAUCACUCCUCUUCUUGUGGCUGCUGCUAUGGGGCAUGCUGGCACAGUUAACCAUUUGCUGUUUUGGGGGGCAGCAGUGGAUGGCAUUGAUGGAGAAGGCCGCACUGCUCUCUGCUUGGCUGCAGCAAAGGGUAGUGUUGAAGUUGUAAGAGCACUGCUGGACAGGGGUUUGGAUGAGAAUCACAAAGAUGACCUGGGCUGGACUCCAUUGCAUGCUGCAGCUUGUGAAGGUCACAAAAGUGUGUGUGCAAUAUUGACCGAGCGAGGUAGCAUGGCACGUGUGGGUGAGCUUGAUGUAGAGGGUCGGAGCCCUCUAAUUCUAGCAGCACAAGAAGGGCACUGCAGUACAGUCAGGCUACUACUAGACCGUAAGUCACCCAUCGAUCAUCGUGGAUAUGAUGGACACUCUGCACUCAGUGCGGCUGCUCUGCAGGGACAUCGGGAGAUUGUGGAGUUACUGAUGCGUAGAGGGGCUGACACUGAUGUCCGUGAUGCUGAAGGAAGACCUCUUCUUUAUUUGCUGGUCCUGGAGGGCCGUUUAGACAUGGCCACCGUACUCAUAGAAAAAGGUGGUGUCCCUUUGGAGUCGAAAGAUGCAGAAGGGCGAACUGCACUCCAUGUAGCAGCUUGGCGAGGAGACCUGGAAGGUAUUGAACUGUUGCUGAAAUAUGGAGCUGACCCAAAUGCCAGAGAUCUUGAUGGUCGGCCUCCUUUACACUCUGUGGCAUGGAGAGGUCAUGCAGCUGCUGGCAGGGUGCUCCUUAGGGCUAAAGGUCUUAAUGUAGACCUGGCUUGCAAACAGCAGGUUGCCACAGCACUUAGUAUUGCUGCUCAGGAGGGGCAUGUUGAAAUUGUGGCCAUGCUUUUAGAGAAAGGUGCAGAACCAGACCAUGUGGACCGUUAUGGUCGCAGCCCAGUUAAGGUAGCAGGAAAACUAGGCCAUUUCACAAUUGUGCGACUUCUAGAGAGAUAUGGUGCAAAGUCCUUCUCAGGUCUCAUACCAUUUACACCCAGCGGUGCUCCCAACAAUUCUUAUCUUUCAGCCAUUGUCAAGACCCAAGCAUCCAUUAGUUCAGGAGAACUGGGUGUUGAUGGAAUCCCAGCCACAACUUCUCCAUCUUCGGCCUCAGUUUCUGCCUCCUGUUCCCCAGCUUCCACUGCAGAGCGUUUCCACUCCAUUCCUGCCUCACAGACUUCCUCCUCCACCUGCCACUCCCUGGCCACAGUUCAGACCGUGCCUGCUGACAGCCUUAAUUUCAUCCAGCAGAUACAACAACACUCGCUUCCUCGUUGCCGCAGUCGGCCAUCCACAUUGCCUCUACCUAGCUCCAAUCCUGCCAGUCUUAAGGGCAAAGCUUCUAGGCACAGUCAAAAGGCUGUUCCCAAGAGCAGUCCCACAAACGAACAGUGUACGUUCACUGAACUGCUGGACUCAGACAAACCCUUAAAAGAGCUUGGAUCAUCGGGGGUUAGCAACUACCUCUUAAAACCUAAAACUCUUUACAUCAUAGAGGAUGCGAUGGAGAAGAAACUCAAACAAGCUGGAGGAGUAGAUAUAAAGUGGAACUCCGUUAUGGCUUCCUUAGGGGUGAUGCCAAAUCAAGAGGGCCCAAUUCGACAAACAAAAAUUAGGGAAAGCCCCCCUUCAGGGUACCCUCAUUUUCACUUCCAAUCCCAUGCACAAAAAGAUGAUUCAGGUGAAAUUCAAAAGACAUCCAUGUCUCCAACCAUUGACCUUUCAUCUAUUUCCCCACAUGAUGAGUCUGUGUUUAACAUGACAACUUCUAACCCCCAGUUGAAUCUCAAACAGGCAAUUAAGCUGCAGUUUGAAGGGCCUACCAGUGCAGCACUUUACAAGAGGGAAACCCCUCUCUGAGGCAAACCUGGACAUUUAGGAGUUCAAGGAGGUGAGGGUUGUGUUGGUAAUCACUGCACUGUGUGUGGGACGUGUUGAGAGUAGAGGAGGAUGGCAGAUGAGAGCGUCAUAACACACUGACCUCCACCUCUUUAACCCAUUGACCCCAAAGCACAAAAGAAGAGGGAAAGACAUAGGGAGUCUAGAGGAACCUGAGUUCAAAGGCUCAAGCUGUGUACAUUCCAGAGAUUUUCCUCCUCAUCCCGUCACAAUGGAGAGCAGCUGGCACUCUCUCAUUUUCUGUCAUACAAUCACAGGAAAAUAUUUUUACAUUGAGAGGGACACUUAUGGAUAUUUGCUCUGCUGGUGUUGUGCAUUUGCAAAAGUCAACAUAUACAUACCCCAGGGAUUUUUGUGUACACAACUCGGCAUGAAUGACACAACUUUUCAUAGACAAAAUAGCUAUUCACUCUUAUAACAGCUAAUAAGAAUUGUGUUGAAAUUGGAGUGCAUCUGCAUUAAAAAAUAGUCUUUUUGAGGGAUCUGCUGUACAUUGCUCAGACUCUUUGAUUUACACCCAGACUUGGGCUU